GUACACCGGACACUACUUCAUCACCACUCUGCUCUACUCCUUUUUCCUGGGUUGCUUCGGAGUGGAUCGGUUCUGCCUGGGCCACACCGGCACCGCCGUGGGGAAACUGCUGACGCUGGGAGGACUGGGGAUCUGGUGGUUUGUCGAUCUGAUUCUCCUCAUCACCGGCGGGCUGGUGUUUGGCAGCAACUGGUGCACCGUGUACUGA